ACACAGUGUAUAAGUAAGAAUUGGUGGUCCUAAUCUGGAUAACAAGUUAUAGCAAGAGUUUGAGUUUAAUCUGAUUAGGAUAGGUCAAAAUCGUUAAUCGAGUCUAAAGGAGUCGUUUAUAUACCAACAUAUACGUGACGCUAAUAGAAGCCGCUUUCCAAAGAUAAGUCAAGUCAACUCGGUGCUUCAUAUUAAAUAAUCAAGUUAUACGCUGUAGUGUUUGUAUCUAUUAAAUAUAUCUAUACAUUGUCUCAUGUACACCAGUAGAUGGCGUAGCUGUCGAUCAGUCAGUCGUGUAACGUACGUGGUCGGGGAUCGACGUGCGCCUGCGUUUGUACUGGGUGUAGUGGUGAGCCAGUGGAUUCUCAGUGUCCCUGUACUAGAUUCCCGAAGGACUAACGGCAGACGUUAUAUACGCGUUAACUUCAACUUGCCUUUCAUUUUUCUUUCAUUCGUCUCGCGAAAUAUCCAGGCGGUAGUAAACUCGCGCAACAAGUCGCUCGCUCUGCUGUGGCGGUUCUACGACCAAGCGCCAACUGUGACGCACCAGCUAGCUGGUCGCGUGAUGCACUUUGAUUUCUCAGUGGAGUACGACGUGCGGCUCUCUGCCAACUUUCUGGAGUAUUUGAAGCAGGAGGAGAUGCCGAUAAUGGUUUGCGAGUGGGAGAAACAGGAUAAGCCGUUCGCGAGUUGCCUGCUGCCACUACGCGACGCGUUGCUACAUACAAACAGACGCGUCGAUAUGUCUUUGGCUUUAAUCGGCGGGGCGGGCAUGGGCCGGCGGGACGCGUCGGGCGGGGGCGGCGCGGGCGAGGAGGCGGGCGUGCUCGACGUGUGGUGCAUGCUGCGCGCGCCGCCGCACAGCGCGCCCGCGCAGACGCUGGCCAGCUUCCACCGGCAACCAUCAUCGCUGGAGCGGAUCCUGGACGCCGAUCACACGGACUUCCACCUGGCGCGAGACCUCGACAUGCACAGGGCCAGUAAACCGCAGCACGCUGAAAUCAAAAAGGCAUCAUACGAUUCAGAAAACAUCUACGAUAUAAUGAACUCUAAAAAAUGGCGAAGAGCAAGUGCGCUUAAACAAACGGAGACAUCCCGCAAAAAAUCAGUCACCAUUUUGCCGAAAGCACCGCGCCGAACCACACUCGAGGAUACGGCUAAAUUAUCAGACGACAAGAGUCAAACGCUAGAGAUUACGAUCCUCUGGCUGGCUCUGAACGAGGAGUGCCAAGCCAUGAGCGACCCCAAGGUGAAGCGGCUGUACGUAGCCUACAGUUUCUUGGGCAAGCGCGGGGCGGAGCUGGAAACGCCUUGCAGUUUUCCCAAACCGAAGAAUUUUAUGGACAAGUGCCAUUUUAAUUUUACGAAAUCGUUCGUGAUCAACGAGUGCGAUGUGGGGGUGCUCAGCGCGAUGUCGCGGCGGCGCGCGACCGGGGCGGAGGGGGCGGAGGGGGUGCAGGGGGCGGGCUCCCAGCACUGCAUCGUCUUCUCCGUCGUCAGCGAGCCGCCCGAAGACCCUCUCGGCCUGGACGCUUGCGAGGACAUCGGGUGGGUCUGCCGUGUGUGCCAAGUGCUUUGAUGGUGGUGGUUAUGGGUGAAAUGUGCUUUAAUCAAUUAGAUUUUUCUUACUUAAAUCGUCAUAACAUUGUUUUAUCAUGGUGAUACGAUACCUUUGGGAUUUGUUAAACGGUAAUAUACUAUUUUUUUGUGACAUUCAUCAGAUUUCAAUUACAUUUUCCUCAUGUAUACACAAUGGAAACUCUCAAUACACCAAUACAAUACUAUUCGACCCAACUCCGCCAAUAGCCCAGCAACUGUACCUA